AUUUUUUUUUGUUCUUUCCCUUUUUGUUGUUGCAAUCUGUGUUUGAUUUUUAGGCUUCUUCUUUCGGCGGGACGCUUAAGAUUCUCUCGAAUUAAAUUGAAUCGAAAAUUCGCAGAGUCUGAUUUCGGGUCGACAAUGGAGGAUUUUUCCGAAGAGCUCGAGCCCUUAUUCGAUUACAGACGCGUUCAGCCCGUCAGUCUAAUUUGCCUCGACGACGAUGAAUUAGAUGCUCCGUCAGCUUCUCCUCCGAAAAUGAGGGAAAUUUCGGAUUCCGCGAUUGAGAAGGUUGAUGAACCUGUGAAGUUAGUAAAUGUUAUUAGUUGUGAAGAUAAGGAGGAGGAGGACUGGUUACCUCCUCCACCCAAGGUUUCUGCCGGGGCUAAGCGGAAGGGUGAGGAUUCUACCAUAAAGGAACUGAGGAAAAAGAAGAAAGAGCUGGCAUCGUAUGCACAAUCAGCUGAAAAUGUGCUGAGAUCGGUAGAGGAGUCUGUGAUAAAAGAACUUAGUAUCUCAUCUGAGGCAGUUGAAGAACAACCUCCAAAGCCCCGCCCUGAAAGAAACAAAAUAGUUGUAUCUAUUCAAGACAAAGAUGGAGUUAAGCAGUUUCGUAUUUAUGCGGACGACAAGUUUGAGCGGCUCUUCAAAAUGUAUGCAGAUAAUGUUAAGCUUGACCUUCAGAGUCUGGUGUUUUGUUUUGAUGGCGACAAAAUAGGUCCAGCUGCUACGCCUGAUGCCCUUGGGAUGGAGGAAAAUGACAUUAUUGAAGUGCAUGUUACCUCGAGGUGACAUGGUUUUUCUUCGACAAAAGCACGAAAACCGUCAUCUUGGUGGAUCUUUGAUGGGGACUAGAAGGGCCUUUGGCGGCCGUCUUUUGGUGUACGUUCGUAGUUUGUUGUGCAGUACCUGCUCUUUAACUGUAUAGUGUGUCAUUAUAUUUUGAAAUUAUGUUUUAACUCUUCACGAAUCUUAUGUGAACGUUGACAGAGGACCCGAUUGAGAGUAUUCCCUAACUUUGUUCUGCAUUAUUUGUUAGCUGCCAAGACCGGACCAUUAUUUAGUUAUGUCAAUUUUUGAGAUGCUAUUUCCA